AGAGAAAAUGCUUCUCUGACUCUCAUAAUUGUCAUCAAUUCCUCACCUGACAGUGACGGUGAGGACAGUGAGAGAAUUUCAAACUCAUUUUGGAAAUAAAAAAUUGAAAUGACGUCUGUCGAACUUUAUACUCAGAGAGCAAGGGUAUGGAUACCCCACCCGGAGACAGUGUGGAGAUCGGCCACAGUUUUGUCGGAUUAUAAAGAAGGCGACAAAGUAUUGAAGAUAAGAACCGAUGACGUUGAGGAGAAUCUAGACUCUGAUGGCGAAUUGGGUGAUGAACAAGAUUACAUUCUCAAGGAGGGGAAACUCCCCCCGUUAUGCAAUCCUGACGUUCUGAUUGGCGAAAACGAUCUGACGUCUCUUAGCUAUCUCCAUGAACCUGCGGUUUUGCACAACCUACAGAUCAGAUUCGUUGAGAGAAACCAGAUUUAUACUUACUGUGGAAUUGUUCUUGUUGCAAUCAAUCCAUAUGAAGAACUCUCAAUUUAUUCCAACGAUUUCAUCCAUCUUUACUCUGGACAUAACAUGGGUGAAAUGGAUCCUCAUAUAUUUGCUAUCGCUGAAGAGGCUUUCAAACAAAUGACUAGAAUGAAUAAGAACCAGUCAAUCAUUGUUACUGGAGAAUCAGGAGCAGGAAAAACAGUUUCCGCGAAAUAUACGAUGAGAUAUUUUGCGACUGUCGGUGGAUCGAGCCUCGAAUCUCAAGUGGAAAAAAAAGUGCUUGCUUCGAAUCCUAUCAUGGAGGCAAUUGGAAAUGCAAAGACAACUCGUAACGAUAACAGCAGUAGAUUCGGGAAAUACAUUCAAAUCAGCUUCAACAAGAACUUUCAUAUUAUUGGAGCUCACAUGAGAACUUAUUUGCUGGAGAAAUCAAGGGUUGUCUCACAGCAUAAUGCUCCUGAUGAAAGGAAUUACCAUAUUUUCUAUCAACUUUGUGCUUGUGCUGAUCUUCCACAAUUCAAACCACUGAAAUUGAUGUCUGCCGAACAUUUUGAAUAUACCAGAGUGGGAAACUGUACGACCAUAGACAAUGUUGAUGAUCAGAAAGAAUUUCAAGAAACUGUGCAUGCUCUUACGUUACUUGGAGUCAGUACCAAGUACCAGUCGUUAAUGUUCCGUAUAAUAUCAGCAAUUCUUCAUAUGGGAAAUAUUGAAAUUAUGGAAGAUGAGAGAACGGAUUCUUGCCAUAUAUCAGUAGAGGACCCCCAUCUUGUAACAAUGUGUGGUUUACUCGGCAUCGAAGCCCAACAAAUGUCGAAAUGGUUUUGCAACAGAAAAAUCACAACAAUGGCUGAAGUUUUGAUCAAACCACUCACAUGUGAUCAGGCGUUGGCUUCCAGAGAUGCUCUUGCCAAACAUAUUUAUGCAAAACUAUUUGAAUGGAUUGUCGACAAAAUCAAUAACGCUUUGAUCACCCAGGAAAAACCACAUUCAUUCGUUGGAGUAUUGGACAUCUAUGGAUUCGAAACAUUUGAGAUCAACAGUUUUGAGCAGUUUUGCAUCAAUUAUGCAAAUGAGAAGCUGCAACAACAAUUUUGCCAGCAUGUUUUCAAACUGGAGCAAGAAGAAUACGUUCGUGAAAAAAUUGAAUGGAAGUUCAUUGAUUUUACUGACAACCAGCCUUGCAUUGAUUUGAUUGAAAAGAAACUUGGAAUCCUGGAUCUGCUGGACGAUGAAUGUCGGAUGCCAAAAGGGAGCGACAUAUCAUGGGUUCAGAAACUCUACGACAAACAUUUGAAAACUUCGAAUCAUUUUGAGAAACCAAGAACUUCAACAACUGCUUUUGUUAUUGUGCAUUUUGCGGACAACGUCAGGUAUGAAGUUGAAGGUUUUCUAGAGAAAAACAGAGAUACAGUACAUGAAGAACAGUUAAAUAUUCUCAAAGCAAGUCAGAAGUAUGAACUAGUUGCUGAGUUAUUCAUAGAGAAGGAAGAGUCCUCACAUGAAGUCAAAGCAGGGGUUGGGAAACACGGUGUGAAAAUGGUCAAACAAACAUCCCUGGGAGGAAAGCCUAAAGGCAGAGGUGGAAAGGAAAUGAGGAAAACUGUUGGGAACCAAUUCCAAUCCUCACUUGUAAAACUCAUGACAAUUCUCAACUCAACGACUCCACAUUAUGUCAGAUGUAUCAAACCUAAUGAUUACAAGCAAUCUUUCACGUUUGAGCCUAAACGAGCUGUCCAACAACUUCGAGCUUGUGGGGUGCUGGAGACGAUCAGAAUCAGUGCAGCUGGAUAUCCAUCACGAUGGUCCUACACUGAGUUCCAUGACAGAUAUCGUGUCUUGAUGAGAUCAAAAGAAAUAGUUCGUGGCAAACCAAGAGUGACUUGUGAAAACGUACUUGCCAGAUUGAUACCUGAACCUGACAAAUAUCAGCCAGGAAAAACAAAGAUUUUCUUCAGAGCUGGACAGGUUGCUUAUCUUGAAAAACUCCGUGCUGAUAAAUUACGAGCAUGUGCUAUCAUGGUUCAAAAACAUAUCCGUGGGUGGUUGUGCAAGAAGCAAUAUCUUAAAAAGAGAAAUGCAGCGAUGAUUUUGCAACGAUAUGCGAGAGGAAUGAAAGCAAGAAGGCAUGCAAAUUUUCUUCGUCGCACCAAAGCAGCAAUUCAAAUCCAACGUACAUGGCGUGGAUACGUAUCGCGAUCAAAAUAUACAAGAACAUGGAAGGCGAUCGUCAAAAUUCAAUCUUUCAUUCGUGGAUUGUUGGCUCGAAUUUUAUAUCGAAAGAUGCUCAGAAAUGCAAAGGCUACUAUUCUACAGGCUCACAUCAGAGGAUGGCUGGUACGAAUCCGUUACAACAAACAAUUGAAAGCCAUUGUUUACUUGCAAUGCUGUGUCAGAAGAAUGUACGCUAAACGUGAACUCAAAGCACUCAAGAUUGAAGCUCGAUCCAUUGGUCAUUUCAAGAAACUCAACCAAGGAAUGGAAAAUAAAAUUGUUGAAUUACAAAGAAAACUUGAUACUGCAAACAAAGAAACAAAGAGUCUUCUUACAAAAGCUGUGGAAGCUGAUAAUCUCCGACAGAAAGUUCAAAAAUUGGAGAAAGUGGAACAGGAUGCAAAACAAACACAGGAGCAUGCAAGAAGUCUGGAAGAAGAAAUUGAACAUCUCAGAAAAUUACUGGAAGAAUCUCAAGCCGAGACAAAGAUUGUUAAAGAUGAAUUAGAAAAGGAAAAAAAUGAUAAAGAUGAGGCUGUUGCUGAACUUACAAAUGAAAAAGAACAUUUGGUUGAAAGUUUGGCAGAAUUGAAGGAUGAGAUGGAAGCUUUGAAAGUGGAGUCUCAAAAACAACUCGAAGAAUCAGUUUUAUCGGCGAAAACAUCAGUCGAAGAAGAAUUGGAAAAAGAACGUUCGUCUCAUCAAGCAAGGAUCAAAGAAUACAACAGAUUGGAACAACGCUAUGAUAAUUUGAAGGACGAAUUGGAACUAACAAGAAGCCAGGCUGCAGCAGCAGCAGAAGCAACAUCUGGCGACCCUGGAUCAAAUGCUUCAUCAGCCCCACCCUCUCCUCCCGAGUCCGCUUAUAAUUCUAUCAAUACCAAUGCUUCAGAUGUUAUGGAGGUUCAGAAUUUACAAAACGGAUCUGGCUCUCACGAGAGCGUUAAUCUGCUCGGAAGAAUGCAAAAGAAAGUGAAAGAACUAGAAUUUGAAAAGAGAGAAUUACAACAGAAAGUUCUGGAGAAAAUGCAGGAGCAUGCAGAGGAAGAGGAGAAUAGAAAGAUAGAAAUGGAGGAACGAGAAAGUGAGAGUGAGAGAGAGAGAACUGUUGCAUUUGCUGAUGGAUUCAAGUUGGAAGAAGUUGAGAAAGACAACGAAAAAAUGAAACAAGAGUUGACAAACCUUCGAAAAUCUGUCGCUGACUCAGCAAGUUCUGCGAUGACUAAGGAUAGUUCAGCAUUCAAGGAAAUGUACAAUCAAAUGCUGGCAAUGCAAGAAGAGUUGGAAGUUCGGAGGUCAGAGGUCAUCCAAUUGAAAUCUGGGUUGGCUUCAAUGAAAGACAGUUUGCAAAAAUAUAAAAAAGAAAAUGUGGCGAAAAUAACAAAGAGCACAAUGACCAGUGCAGAUCUCCUCGGAUCAAGGAACAGGAUGGAAGACAUUAAUGUUGAGAAAUUGGACAAGAAUGAUUUGAAAACUGUUCUUGCUAAAGUCUAUGAUCAUAAUAGAAUGUUGGAAGCUGAACUCGAAGCGGAGCGUAAGAACCACGAUAUUGAGAUUGAAGAAUUGCACCAGAGAUUUAAUCUUCUGCAAACUGAUUCUAAUAGAGAAUAUUUAAGGAAUGGCGAUAGUUUUGACGGCAAUAUUCAGUUGGAACUCCAACGAUUAUCUACAGAGAACUUCGAAUUAGAAGCUCAAGUUGAAAGUUUAGAAAAACAGAAUCGAAAGUUGAAACGACAACUCAAACUUUAUAACAAGAAGUUGAAUACAAUGGAAUCGGAAAUGGGAGGAACUGGUAUCAAGCCUUCUGAAAGCAACAUGAGUUUGGGAGUUCAAAAUGUGAAAGUCAAUGGAGAUUCAGACACUCAUUCUAUCGCUGGAAAUCCAGCCGUGAAACACAAGGAUGCAGAAAUAUCGGGAAUGCUUAAAUAUAAGAAAGGAGAAGAUUCAAAAGCAGUCAAGGCUAUUAUUCUGGAUUUGAAGCCACGCAGUGUCGCAGUCAGUCUUCUUCCCGGCCUGCCUGCACAUCUGUUGUUCAUGUUACUGAGAUUUGCAGAUCAUAGAAACGAUGACUCAAUGAUCAAGUCAUUACUCUCUCAUAUUAUAAAUGGAAUCAAGAAAGUAGAGAAGCAACAUGAAGGGGAAUUUGAAUACAUUUCAUUCUGGCUGGCAAACACUUGCAGAUUCCUUCAUAAUAUGAAACAAUACAGUGGAGAUAAGGAAUUUUUGAAGGACAGUACUCCUGCUCAACAAGGACAUUGCUUGAGGAACUUUGACCUAUCAGAAUAUCGACAAGUUAUCAGUGAUAUGGCCAUAUCUCUUUAUCAGAAGUUGGUGCUGCUUAUCAUGCAUGAGAUAAAACCUAUGAUUGUUCCAGCAAUGUUGGAGCACGAUACAAUCCAAGGAUUGUCUUCCUCUGUCAAACCUUCUGGAAUGAGAGGUCGGAGUUCAAGCAGAAGCACUGAACCGGAAAAUAUUUUUACUGUUGAAUCUAUAAUCAAACAGUUAACAGCCUACCAUAUCACCAUGAACCAACAUAGAAUGGACCAGGUGCUGGUACAACAAGUUUUCAAACAGGUGAUGUACGGUAUCACAGCUCACACCAUCAACAACCAACUUCUAAGAAAGGAACUCUGCAAUUGGUCUAAAGCAAUGCAAAUAAGAUACAAUGUCUCUCAAUUAGAAGACUGGAUACGAAAGAGUGGUUUGAACGAGGCUGGAUUGAGAGACAUGUUGGAACCCCUUGUGCAGGCUUCACAGUUAUUACAAGUCAAAAAACAAUCUGAACAAGAUGCGUUGGAGAUUUGUGAGAUGUGUUCAAGGCUAACUCCUGCUCAGAUCGUAAAAUUGUUAAAUAUGAUUACACCUACCAAUGACUAUGAAGAAAGAGUUCCAGUCAAAUUUAUAAAGACAGUACAAGGCAAACUCAAGCAACAACGUCCUGAUAUGUUCGGAGGACAACAGACUUUACUAAUGGAUAACGGUUUCAUGUUUGGAGUCACAUUUCCUUACGCUCCUUCCACUAUUUCAUUAGACAGAAUCACAAUUCCUGAGUCUCUCAAUUUAGGUUACUUAAAGCUGGUUUAAAAAGUGACCGAAAAAUUUUGGAAUUUGUGUUUCGUAAUUUAUUGAAAAAUAUAGUUUUGGAACUGUUGUGGAGAGAGUGAUAUAAAUCUUGAUGUUGAAAAAUGCUCAUUUUAAACUUGUUUUGAAUUUAUGAUAACUUGCUACUCUGUCUUUCAGUACUUUUCUUGUUUUAAAUGAUGUCUUGGGACCUUACUUUGAGCAAUCUUGUAACUCUUCUAUCAAUACAGUUGAGGUUCAGGACCUCUCCUUGAGUGACCUUGAAACUCUCCUAUCAGUAGUCUUUAUACAUUUCAGGUUGAGAGUCAAGACCUUACUUUAAGCUAACUUGCAAAUUUUCCAUCAGUACUGUACUCCCAUCAAUUUUAAUUGAGGGCUGGUAACCUUACUCACUACUCUUUCCACUCGAGGUCAGAGUCGUGCUAUGAACAAUAUCUAUAUCUGCCCAAACAUAUCUUUCCUAUGAAUAAUAAAGCUAGGUUUCAAAUACUUGAAUGUGAUGUAGAUAUGCUGAGAACUAUGUCAUUUUUAGUAUGUGUUAUCAGAUAAAAAAGUGAUUUUUGUUUGUGUUGUGAGAUAGAAAACAGGUAUGAUAACCUAUUUAUUUUUCAAUUUUUUUUCUCGAUAUCUGUUAAUACUAAGCUCUUAGUUAAAGUCUUAUUGCAAUUGCUAAUCCAUUUUCUCAAAUUCUCUGUAAUAAAUUUCACUAAUUUUCUAGUAAAUUCACUAAAGUUUUUUUGCCUGAUUACAUUUUCUAUCGCAAGAAGAAAUUUAUCUUACAUGCUCUGGUUACUCAGAGUGAAAUAUCAGUUAGUUACUGCUUUUGAUUAGUAAUCUAAUCUUAUUAUUGUCGAAAUGGACUUAGUGUAUUCACGAGCCAUUCAUCAAAACAUUGCUAUCUUAAGCAAUUUAUUGAUGUAGCAAUCAAUUUUUCUUCUAAAUUGACACCAACUUCACUGAAAUUUCAUUGCCUGAUUCAUAAUUUUGUCUAACGUACUCUAGUUUCAAGCAGUAGAUUUCUGCAUUUUAGUAGUUAUUCAAUACUAUUAUUGUUGAAAAUAGACUUUGUGUAUUCAGUCCAUGAAUCAAAUAGUGAUUUGUUGGAUUGAUAUAUCAUUCUGUUGUAUGAUAGACAAUUGAACUCAACAAUGUUCUUUUUUAGAAUAUUUUCCUACUGAAUAAACACUCAUUGACCUGAUUUUCCAUUUUUUUUUCAAAAUUCCGCUGUUAAAAUGUGACUAAAAUCAUAAAAAAAAUGCACUAGCGUUAAUUUUUCUAUGAAACUAAUUUUUCUAUGUUCCUUUGCAGUGUGAUUUUUUUUGUUAGUUUCCAUGGUGAUUUUGUCAUAAAUUUGAAAAAAAAAUUUGAAGUGUUGAAAUAAUACGCUGCUGUAGUCUGUUUUAUAUUUUUCGAAUUAUUUAAUUUUUUUUCUUGUAAAAAAAGCUGGUGUUCUAUAUCCCAUAUUGCAGUAGAUACCAUGUUGCUGCUACCAGGUUUAUCCAUUGUAAGUAACCCUAAAAUAUUCUCUCAGUAUGGACCGCUGAGAAAUAGAAUGUGAUUAUUGGACAUCGUCUGACAAUUCGACAUUUGGCAAUCCAAGCGAUCUGGACGAUUUACUGUUCAGAUAUUUCCAUUCCAUUUAAUUCCCAUCCGUUAAAUUCAUAAUUUUAUCUUCAAGGAGUAUCAAACUACACCCCCGACUCUAAUAAAAACAUGCCAGACUCUGAUUCAAGUUACUUGUGUGACACUCGGGUUAAUUAUUCCCAGAUAAUUGACGAAAGCUAUGUCCGCCAUGUAAAGCAUAGGCUAUUUCUUAAUCAGCUUCGCUUUCCCUAUAAAGUCACAUUCAGUAAAUUUAUAAUUUCGUCUUCAGGAGUUCGAAACUCUGUCUCAAACUCCAAUGAAAAUAUAGGCCAACUCUGACUUUGCAGCCCUGAUUCAUAUUACUGUACUGUUGAACCCUGGUUUGCUAUUCGCUAAUUGGACGAAAGCUGUGGGCCGCCAUAUAAGGAAUAAGCCUUCUUGUCAGUUUUCCUCUCCCUAUUAAGUCACAUUCAUUAAAUUCAGAAUUUCGACCUUAAGGAGUUUGAAAUUAUGUUUCGACCCCAUGCAGAACUCCCAAUUUGCAGCCCUGAUUCAAGUUACUGCAUCUGGAACACUCGCUGGUAAGCUGAUCCCAUAACCGACCUGAUAAUUGAACUAAAGCUGUGCUCUGUCCUAUCAGCUUUUCUCCUAAAGU